AUGGAAUCGUUGUCGCCUGUCCCUGGAGAGACUCCGCUCGUAUUUGUUCUUCGACGCGGAUUCACAGACGCACUGAAAGAUAUGUUGGAACACGCUCAAUAUGAGGAUGUGAAAUUUGUCCCGAACCAACCCGACACCGCAGCGAACAACAGAACAAGUGAAAUGCAGAAACCAGUGAAUGCAAAAAAACAGCUAAUUUUCAAAUCGAGUCCCAGGCUGCUUCAUCAGGCUGUUGGACUCAACAACAACAAGGCUGUCGAAAUGCUGAUCGAGUUUGGCUAUUUUCCUGAUAAAGAGGAUGAACUUGAAGGUUCAAAUGUGCACACCACUGCACUUGGCUGC